UUCUCACUGCCAUGGGCCGGAUUCGAAUCUUGAUUCGGCCCAUCAAUUUAAGAGGCGAACCCGGACCCGCACCGGCGUUCCGGCUUCCCCCAGACGCUCGAAAUUUCAAAAUGGCGCUGCUCCCCUGUCAGCCUCACGGCCACGCCACCGAAACUUUUCGAAAAUCCCCCACAAAAUCCCAGCGGCCAGCUCCCCGAGGCCCCGGCAACCGCUGCCUCCGCCACCACCGGGCGACUGCUCCACCUCUGCCGGAGAGCGCGGCGGGCGGCAUGGGAGCGGAGUAUCCCACCUUCGAAGAGGUCUCCGCGGCCCGCGUCCUCCUCCUCCUCGCCGACUCCACGCCCCCACCGGCCCUGCCUUCGCCUCCUCCCACGCUCAGGUACUUUCCUCGCCUGUCUCGCGUCAUCUGCUCAUCGCACCACCGAAUUGCACUUCAUCAUCGCAAGUUAACCGAGCCUCCGUUGCGGCGCGCUUCUCCGCAUUACAGCGACGAGUUCUUCUGCUACUCGGGCUCCUCAUCCUCCUACUCCGGCGUGUCGGCGAGGUCGUGCGUCUCCGACUCGGCGCAGCGCGGCCGCCCCGUCGACCCCCUCCGCGUGCUCUCUGUCGUCGCCUCCCUCCGCCGCCUCGACCCUAAGGUGCUCGUUGAGGCCACAAGCGCGCUGUUCCAUACCGACAAAGAGAAGAAGCGGAAGGGCGUGUGGAUCGAGAUCGACAGCGGCGAUGACGAGGAUGACCAGAGCGAGAGGAGCAGCGCCGUGGCCAGCGAGGGGAGCACCGUCACGGCCGCCGCGUCCGCGGGCUCCACGGCCACGUCGGGGAGAUGCCGCCAGGCUCCGCGGGUGGGUUGUGCUGCUGGUGGGACUGGGAAGGGGCUGAGGAGGGCGGACGUGAUCAUGCAGUGGUUUUCACGGCCGCAAGCUGGGCCAGCCACCGAGAAUGACAUCCGCGCCGCCGUCGGCGACAACUCCGGCACGAGCAAGGCAAUACGCUGGCUGCUGAAGCAGGAGGGCGGCUUGCGGCGUGCAGGCACUGGUGGUUCCCUGGAUCCGUAUGUUUACAUGGUCGCAGACUGAUCCGAUGAAGUUAACUAAGUUUUGUUUAUAGCAAUGGAGAUGUUUACUGUAAGGCUAUUGCAGACGCCAAGUUAUCUUCUGAAAUGUAUCUAGUAAUUUCUACCUGCUGUUGUCUUAAUGGCCGGGUUUUGCCUUCACACAGAAGUAUAGGAUAGAAGUUAAGUUGUCAUGUUAGCACGAUGAAGAUAAGCUCUUGGACAGAAAAAUGGCAAGAUAGAAUCUCAUGUAUAAAUUUAGUAUAGAAAGUACAGCAAUGAAGAUAGCAUGCUUUCGCUGUUGAUUUAUGCUGAGACGAUAUAUCGUAUAAAUUUAGUAUCGAAUAAAAUGAUAUCAUUUUUCAGCUUA